AUGAGGCUGGUUGCCUUACUGGCUACGCUGUACACUGGGGUGAGCAGCAGCAUCGUGCUGCAGAAAAUGUAUGGGAGGAUCACAUCCCCCAACUUCCCAAAUGUUUACCCAAACCACAAGGAGAGAAUCUGGAAUAUUACUGUUGCCAAGGGCUACUGUGUCCGCAUCUACUUCACCCAUUUCAACCUGGAGCCGUCCUACCGCUGUGGCUACGAUUAUGUGAAGCUGAGCUCUGGUGGGAAGACCUUGGCCUCGCUGUGUGGGAAGGACAGUACAGACACUGAGGAGGCUCCAGGCAACAGGACGUACAUCUCCACUGACAACCACCUCACGGUAGUGUUUCGGUCUGAUUACUCCAACGAGAAACCCUUCACGGGCUUUGAGGCCUUUUAUGCUGCUGAAGAUAUCGAUGAGUGCAAACAGCUGUUUGAUGGUGAACCCCUCUGCAGUCAUCACUGUCACAACUACCUGGGGGGCUACUAUUGCAGCUGUCGGGUUGGCUACACGCUGCAUGAAAACAAGAGGACGUGCACAGGUGAGCUCUUGCUAGUUCAGGGGAUACUCCCCUACCUACAGCAUCCCCUGUAG